AUGUCUACCACUUCCGCUCAGAACUCGCCAUGUAGAGAUGAAAUAGGAAGAGAGCAUGCCGUACAUCUCGAUUCUCAAGAUCCGCUCCGCCAUACUCGCGAGUUAUUUUUGAUUCCUACCCUUAACCAAGUCAAGGCUGAGACUAUCGAGCAGCUCGAUGGCCCAAGGUUUCAUGAUUCUUCGCCCGAGUCUGUCUAUUUGAGUGGGAACUCGCUCGGCCUGCAGCCCCGAAUCACCUCAAUUCGUCUACAGCAACACCUUCUGACCUGGGCUAGCCAAGGUGUCCAGGGCCACAUGAAGACGCUUCGAGGGUCCUCACUGCCGCAAUGGCUCGAUGCAGAUGUGUUUGCGGCAGAAAAGUUGGCGUUUAUCGUUGGCGCUCGGCCCAGCGAAGUGGCCAUCAUGGCCACGCUGUCGGCAAACCUUCACCUACUCAUGUCGGCCUUCUAUAAACCGGAUCGCAAUGGUCGCCACCGAAUCAUUAUUGAGAGCCAAGCAUUCCCAUCUGAUAAUUUUGUCGCCGAAUCCCAAAUACGCCAUCAUGACCUCGACCCUUCGACCUCUCUGCUGGUGAUUCAGCCACCACCUCAAGAAGACACAAUAUCAACCUCUCAAAUACUUUCGGUGAUUGAAGAGUAUGCAGCUUCGACAGCCAUACUCCUCUUGCCAGGAAUUCAGUACUAUACGGGCCAACUUCUCGAUAUCCCCACCAUCACUGCUGCCGCCAAUAAGGCGGGUAUUCUAACCAUCUGGGACCUGGCCCACGCCAUUGGGAAUGUGGAGCUGAAGCUUCAUGAAUGGAACGUUGACGCCGCAGUUUGGUGCAGUUACAAGUAUCUGAAUGCGGGCCCGGGCAGUAUUGGUGGUAUGUUUGUUCAUGAAAAGCACUACCAGGUCUCGUCAGAUAGCAUGGAGGAGGAAAAAUCAAGGCGAUUGUGUGGGUGGUGGGGUAGCCAGAAGGCUUCACGAUUUAUCAUGGAUAACCAAUUCGUGCCUAUUCCCGGUGCCGGUGGCUUUCAGUUGUCGAAUCCGUCUAUUCUGGAUAUCACUAGCCUGGCGGCAUCUUUGGAGAUAUUCCAAAUAGCUUGUCUCGGGAGGGAGGAGGACUCGAGCACAAGCACUGGAAUCCUGCCGCUGCGGAAUAAGUCUAUGAAAUUAACGCGAUUCCUAGAAGCCUGUCUGGAAAACCUGGUAUACUUCAAACUAGAAACAUUCAGAAUCAUAACCCCGGCCGACCCACAACAGCGUGGUGCGCAACUCAGCCUGAGACUGGAGCCUGGCUUAUCGAGUUCUAUUAUGGCAGAGCUUAGUGAUCUAGGAGUUAUCAUUGAUGAGCGGAAACCAGACGUCCUCCGCGUUACACCCGUGCCGCUCUACAAUACUUUCCUCGACUGCUGGCUCUUUGUCGAGGCCUUCGAAUCCGCUAUAGCGACGGCGCUACUUAAAAAGGACCUUCCGUCUAACCCGCCAACGCCGCAUACGCAAGGACCUUGA